GGGAUUCUUUGUUGAUAUCGCUCUGGGAAGGACCACUACCACUAUUAAUAAACAGUUGAAUUUACAAUUUGAAAAUCAUUUGUUGUCAGACCUUCAACUUAAUAGUUUUGUUAAAUAGGAUCCAUCAUGAAGUUUUUGCUGCUUUUUGUUGCAUUUUUUGUGGGCAGCCAGGCUAUUUCCUUUGUUGAUUUGGUACAAGAGGAAUGGACGGCUUUCAAGAUGACACACAGAAAAAGUUAUGAAAGCCCAACCGAGGAAAAGUUCCGUAUGAAGAUCUUUAUGGAAAAUUCACACAAAGUUGCCAAACACAACAAGCUCUACGCUUUGGGAUUAGUUUCUUAUAAAUUAGGACUCAACAAAUACGCCGAUAUGCUCCACCAUGAAUUCAUCUCCACCCUCAACGGCUUCAACAAAACAAAGAAUCUGCUGAGGCAAUCAGAGCUAGAAGACUCAGUCACGUUCAUAAAACCAGCCAAUGUAGAGUUACCCGGCGAAGUUGACUGGAGACCAAAGGGCGCCGUUACUGCUGUUAAGGACCAAGGGCAUUGCGGAUCAUGCUGGAGUUUCAGUGCUACUGGCUCCCUCGAAGGACAACAUUUUAGGAAAACCGGAAAAUUGGUGUCCCUUUCCGAACAAAACUUAGUCGACUGCUCUACUAAAUUCGGCAACAACGGAUGCAAUGGAGGUUUAAUGGAUAAUGCCUUCCGAUACAUUAAAGCCAAUGGUGGUAUCGAUACCGAAGCAAGUUAUAAAUACAAGGCCGAAGACGAGAAGUGCCACUUUAAUCCCAAGAAGAUUGGAGCCACUGACAAAGGUUACGUAGAUAUUGAAUCUGGAAACGAAGAUGCCCUCAAGGCUGCUGUCGCCACCAUUGGACCCGUAUCCGUAGCCAUUGAUGCUAGCCACGAGACCUUCCAACUCUACAAUCAGGGUGUAUAUUAUGAACCUGAAUGCAGCUCAGACGAAUUAGAUCACGGUGUCCUCGUUGUCGGUUAUGGUACUGAAAACGACCAAGACUAUUGGCUCGUCAAGAAUUCCUGGGGUCCAUCUUGGGGACUGGACGGUUACAUCAAAAUGGCCAGAAACAGGAACAACUCCUGUGGUAUUGCAACUCAAGCCAGCUAUCCUUUAGUUUAAGUUUAUAUAUUAAUGUAAUGCUCAGUUUAAACAGAAAACCAAAAAGUAGAGAAAUAAAAUCAACAAAAUAAAUUUUUAGUGAUGUAAUUAAAAUUGUGAAAGUCUCGAGUCGUGUUUGGAUUUUUUUCGAAAUUAGAUCUGAAUGUAACUGUAUUUUUAGGUUAGAUUAGGUUAAGUAUGUUUUUUAAAUGGGUGAUAUUACAACUUAAAAUAAUAAAUAAAUAAAAGAACAAAGUGGGUGUGCCAUUUUAUUUUAUUUUACGGCUUUUUCCAAUUUAUUAGCUGUAUAUUGGAGUCUGUACAUUUUAGAAAAAAAUUUCAGUUCG